AGCUGGUAGCUGGACUACAGUUCAGCUCCAAGCGAACACAUUUCCCAACGGGCUUUGCGAACAUCCGUUGACGUGGCCGACGUUACGUUGCACAGCAAACCGGGUGGAUUUAAACUUUGGCAGGAGCGGAGCGUUGACUUGGCUCUUCUUGCAACAUACGUUCGCCUUUAAUUUGUGUCUAUUUCAUCUUAUUUAACACUAGGCUAUUUAUUACAAGUUUAUUGUCCUGUGUUUUCUUCCGGUUUUGCGAUGUCGGGUAAAAUCAAGAGUAGAAGCGCGGCUAACGCCGACUCGGGCGCCGUGUCCUGUGAUGAACGUAUUCUACGGGACUGUCAUCAGAUCUACAUCGAUGCCGACAGCGGGUUGAUGGCUAUCGCGCAGUCCGUCGGGGUGACCCUGCUGCCGCCCCGGAAGAAGAUCACGGUGAUGCUGAUGGGAAACCACUCGGCCGGAAAGAGUUCCUUCAUCAACUGGUAUGUGGAGGAGCACAUCCAGAGGACUGGGGUUGCCAUAGAGACUCAAGGCUUCAGCUUUGUUACCAGUGGCCGCAAGAGGGAAUCACUCACUGGUAAUGCCACUCUUCACCUCUACCCCCACUUCAAGCCCCUGCAGGAGUUCAAAGGUGUGUCGGAGUACCUGGGCACGGAGAUCUGCACGUCUCGUCAGAAGCGUUUCAGUCUCGUCACCUUCGUGGACUCACCUGGACUCGUGGACGGAGACAUGAAGUACCCCUUCGAUGUGGACCAGGCUGUCCUCUGGCUCGGAGAGCUGUGUGACCUGAUCCUGGUGUUCUUUGACCCGAUGGGUCAGGCCUUGUGCAAGCGCACGCUCAACAUCGUGGAGAAGCUAAACGAGAAGCACGGAGAGAAGCUACGCUUCUACCUCAGCAAGGCUGACGAGGCAGGGGGGGAGUCCGACAGACAGAGGGUGAUGAUGCAGAUCGUUCAGGAACUGUGCAAGAGACCAGGACUCAACAAGUGUGGAUUUGACAUGCCCACUAUAUACAUCCCCAACCCCAACAAGCCCAGUCGAUGUGUGAACCAGAUUGAGGAGGUGUGUCGCACAGUUGAGAGGACGAUCAACCAGACGGUGCAGAACACACUCAACUCCCUGGAGAAGGACUGUGAGCUCAUCACUGAAGCCAUUACAGACACACUCAAUAACGACAGGCAGUGCAGUGUGGAGAACAGGCGAGCCCGCUGUAAGGGGUGUGUGUUGGGGCUGCUGGGCUUCACGGUGCCGCUGCUGCUGCUGGUGGCGCUGGUUCUGGGGAACCUGUCCAGAGAGCUGCUGGAGAUCGCCCUGGGAACCGACGCAACACACACACUCGCACACCACCUGACUCCAGUGGUGAAGGCGUUUGACUCGUUGUCGGGGGAGAUGCAGCUCUAUGGGUGCGGCGCUCUAGUCUUCCUCUCCUUCCUCCUCCUCCUCAUCGCACGCUGCUCUUUCAGGACGAAGAGCACCCUGUCUGGGAGGCAGAAGAGGCAGCUGCAGGAGAAACUGGAGUACGUGCAGGACGUGGUCAAGACCAAGAAGAAAAACCUGUAUGAAGAAUACCUGCGUCAGAGCGUUGGAGACCAGGACAUGCACUGAGGAGGAGGAAGAGGAAGAGAGGAGGAGGAAGGAGAGGAGAAGAGGAAGAGAGGAGGAGGAAGAGAGGAGGAGGAAGAGGAGGAGGGACUGCACUGCUACUACACUAUAUUACUCAAGCACUUCAGCAGCCAAUCACGGUUUACUUACCUACACUGCUCUGCACCUGCCAGGCCACCUGGGAAAUGUAGUUUACUUGUUGAGGAUCUCUUCCUGUAGUCCAGUAUGAAUGUGUUCUAGUGCGGUGGGCACAAGUGACCCUGUCUGACCUCUGCUGCCGUCUCCCGCCCCCCCAGGGGAUUGUGGGUAGUGUGUGCGGUCCGCCUGUGUCCUCCACUCAGGGAACAUCAGCAGUGUGAUCAGGGUUCUAGGGUUCCCUCCAUGAAGACCGUUCCAGAGUUCUCACCCUGGUGACUGAGUUCCAGAACUUUCAUCCUAGAGACACAGUUCCAGAGUUCUCACCCUGGUGACUGAGUUCCAGAACUUUCAUCCUAGAGACACAGUUCCUGAGUGCUCACCAAAGAUUCUAGAGCGGAGCUCUGUUCUAUAAUUUUUGGUUCUCACCCUGAGGACAGAGUUCCAGAGCUCUCCUCCUAGAGAUAGGGGUUCUAGAACUCUCACCCUGGAGACACAGACACGGUUCCAGAACCCUCACUCUUGAAUCCGGACUGGUCCAGUCAGCUGGUUCUGCUUUCCUGCUCUAUGCGUUGCUCUGUACUAACAUACAGCAGCAGCUUCUGGUACUCCAGGUCUGGACUGUUUGAGUUCUAGGUUCUGAUCAGGUUCUGGUCCAUGCUAGAGUGGGUUCUAGGGUCUGGUCUGUGCUAGGGUGGGUUCUAGGGUCUGAUCAGGGUCUGGUCCAUGCUAGAGUGGGUUCCUCCUCUCGUCUACUGUAAACUCUUCCCCAUAGUCCCAGCACUCACUGCCUGCCUGUGCUACCGAUGAUGACCACUAGAGCGCGUUGUGUGUUUUUAGCAUCGUGUGUGUGUGUGUGUGUGUGUGUGUGUGUGUGUGUGUGUGUGUGUGUGUGUGUGUGUGUCUCCUCGUUGCUCUUCCAAUGGGCCAGAUGUUCCUGCAGCUGGCAGUAAGCGUUAGUUAACCCCAUAAUAAUAAUCAUCAUCAUCAUCAUAAUAAUAAUGACUGUAUUUCAGAAUGUGCAGAACCACUUAAUCAUAUUGAUUUCCUCUGGAUCAUCACACUGUCGUGGUUACGGCCUAGUGCGGGAGACUAGUCCUGUAGUAAUGUGGCUCAUGAAAGUGAUGAACUGCUUUUUUGUACCGAUAUUUUUCCUACAACUUUUUUUUAUUCAACCUCAGUUACUGUAUGGGUUCCUCUGAUAAUUUACAUGCCUAAUAAAGUACUGAUCGCAACAGCU